GUCGUUACACAGAUUGCGAGAAUAAUUGAGCGACGCCGCCGCAGACAUGAGGCAGAUCCACGUGUCAUCCCCAGAGCUAACGAACGAGGCAGUAGACCAGGCUAUUGAACUCACGCUAGAGGAGACCUGGGACGCGCGAGGCCAAGACGAGACCGUGUACGUUGAGAAGCAGUUUGAGCUGUACCGGUCGGUCUCGCCAACGUCGACGCUGCCCAAGUACUACAUCAAAGCAUGGUUCCCGUACUCGGCGGACACGCUGUUUAACGUCCUGCACGACUUCAAGUACCGCAAAACGUGGGAUUCUUCUGUCAAGCAAGCUUACGUUGUGGACGUCCGGCCAACGCCCGAUGCGGACGACAUCGAUGUCGUGUACUGGUGCGUCAAGAUGCCGUGGCCGUUCUCGAACCGGGACUACGUCUACUACCGUCGCACGUUGCUGCUCAAAGACACAUUCGUCGUGCUGUCCCAUGCUGGGAUGCACCGCGACGCCCCCGAGUUCCACUCGACCCAGCGCGUAGAAGUGUUUCACUCGCAUAUGGUGAUCCGCGUCGCCGGCGUCAGCAGCUGCGAGCUCUUUCUCGCGUACUCGGACGAGUCCAGCUACGCCGUGCCCAACACAUGCAUCAACUGGGGUCUCGCCACGGGCCUCCCGUCGUACCUGAACGACUUGCGCGCCGCGUGUACGUCGUACGCCGACUACAUCCGCGGGCUCGACGACGAUGGUCUCCAGAGCAUUCCGUCGCAGCUCGUUCGGAGCCGAAUCGACCGCCGCAACGUGCUAUCCCGGGCUCCGGGACAGUCGUCGUCGCUGCGGGGAUACCACAAGUCUUCGGCAGCCACCACUGUUGGCCCCUCUCGCAGCAGCCGGCCCCUGCAGCACCAACCGCAUCUCCAGCACCUCCGUCCGGCGUUCCAUCGGUCCAAGUCGGCGUCGGACGCGCUACCCGCUCCCGUGGACGUGGACGUCGUCGUUGAAUUCCGAACGGCGUCCCCCGGCCUGGUUCUGGAGCCGCAUCUCCACAAGGCAAUUGUGGGCACAACCACGGACAAACACUCGGAAGCCACCAAGGCCAAACUAGUACCCGGGCUCGUCGUCGUCGCAAUAGACGGCCAGUCGGUGCAGGACCUGACGUUUCCAGACGUGCUGAGUCGACUCGAACGUGCGCAUCCCCCCUUCACCGUCUGGUUCAACCGACCACGACCCAUGUCCACCAGCACGCGACCACCUACCAUGACCACAGGGGCGACGCCUAGCCCACGGAAUCGAGCAACGUCGCUCUCGUCGACCUCUAAAACAUCUCUGGUUGUUGUGGCGGUGCAUUAUGCCGACGCCCUUGGCGACGUUCUCGGGCCUCAGAACCCCUCGACCCAACAGGGUGCGGUGCUACUGGCCAGUCGAUUUGGGCUGGACGUUGGAUCUAUUCUGGCAUCAAUCGACAACAUUCCAGUGCCGGAUGUGGCGUUUCCAGACAUUGUCGGGCGAUUCCGACGGUCCACUGACGUCCGGCACGUCGCCUUCGCCCCCCCGCCCCCCACUGCCCCCUCCAAGACGAAGCUGCGCGUGUCGCUGUCGUCCAAGCUGUCGAGGGCGUUCAAAGGGGACAAAUCGGUACCCAGCACCCCCACUUCCCCCAAGGCGCCGCCAAAGCCCGACCACCAACCACCUCCCGCCGACGACGACGACCAAGCGUUGCGGGACGUGCUGCCAGACUACACCCACAUCAAAGUGACCAUGGCCAACGUCGAGUGGGUGUGGGCCCACGUCCAGAUGCUCAUGUCGGACGAACGGCUGUUCUCGGCCGCAGAACUUGCAGACAAACUCCAUGCGUUUGUGCAAAUGGCGCCGCGUCCGCCGGGGUCGAAGGCCGCCGACACGUUGGACAAGAUUGACGGGGAAAUGGCGGCGCAGGACGCCCGACUGCGCCAAGUGACCACGAGACGCGACCUCGGCAACGCCGCACUCCACGAAUUCAAUGCCGACGAAGCGGCCGGUUGGCGGUUCGGCCAAACCUACUUUGGCGUCUCCACCCACUGGAAACCAGGCGACGACGGGACAGUGUGGCUCAAACUAGAUGGCAUUUGCGAAGGCGUGGACGUGUUCAAUGCGAUGGCAGUGAUUCGGGAGACCGACUUGUUUGCAUUGUGGGCGCCAUGCUGCAACAAGUCGGCGCUGCUGGCGUCGCUGUCCCGGGUCGAGAUCUUGACGUAUGCCAGCAUUGCGAUCCCGCUCAUGCAGAGGGACGCCGUGAUCCACGCGUUUGGCAUCAACGCCGUCUAUGAACACCGAUGCGUGCUCCUCUUGGGCCAGUCAGCGACCCAGGAGGACCACCCGACGGUCCCGUUCCCCGCCGUCAAGGGCUGGAAUGCCGACCGCAUGCACAUCCGGGCCUUCCGAGCGCUCAUUGAGCCUUAUGGCCGCAACCGCAACCGAACGUGCAUUGUUGUGAAUGUCGACCCCAAGUGCGCCGUGCCGACGUCGUUGCUCAACUUUGCGAUCAAGAAAAUGGCUGGCAUAUUGCUCUACUUGCUCCUCCGAGAAGCGCAAAAGAUUGAAAAGCACUCGACCGAGUUUGGCGUGCUGGACGACCAAGGCGACCCCCACUUUAACCCGUAUGUGGCGCGCAUCCGCCGCGAUCCGUUCUACACGUGGCUCAAGCCGCGCAUGGACAAGUGGUUUGGUCACUUGGACGCUGGUACAGAAUCCCCUCCCCGUUUGUCCCCCCUUGCACGUUGCCCCCGGCGCGAUCGGCGCCGCUGCUCCAGCAUCUCGUCCCGGGCAACUUGUACGGCCAACGCAUCGACGAAGCGGCGGCGUCGAUGCCCCGCCGCCGCCGCCACCCGUCCACCAAGUCGCAGCAUCCCCCACGCCGCCCCCUACUCGACUACUUGUACGUCGUGCCCGUGUGGCCGUACGUGGCACUGGCAGUCGUCUACUCGAUGUGCAUCACUCGACAGUCGACGUACAUGGCAGCUUGUGCGUGGAAAGCCACACUCGCGGGUUUCUUGGCCUGGUUUGGCGUGUCCAGUGUCCUUCCUUGGCAAGUUCGCCAGCAAGUGCCAAUGGCAGCGUCGGUCCAGUGGUGGCGGUGGCGGGUGGUCGCGUACGCGGUUGCGGCGGACGUGAUUGGGUCGGGGUGUGUCAUGCUGUGGGUUCGCCACGUAUCGUGCUGGGUCAAAUCGUGUACGGCAGCUGACCCAGCGGUGGCCAGCGUCCACUUUUGGCUGGUCGCUAAUUCGUUUCUAGAGGCCACGGUGCUCUUGGUCAUGCAAUUCGUCGUGUGGCUCCAUGCCUAAGUACCCGGCCGUCCCAGUCUCCUGACUCGAACGACCUUUCGAAAGUAGUGCCAGUGGAUUUGCAGGAUCCUUUAGAUGCAUGAUGGAAGAGGAUCCAACACUCUGAAAUCAACUCAUAUUAAUACUAUGAACGCGGAUCAACGCCACCAACCC